AAUCUGACAUUCUCUUUCAAUUCACUUCACAAGGUGCUCGGUUGGUUUCAUCGUGCUCCCGUCGAAUUCUUCAAAUAUUUUCAGUUUUUCACGCAUUCAAGACGCAACACUCCGCUAAACAUGUCGAAGCCUGCUUACAAAGUCGCUGACAUCUCUCUCGCCGAAGCGGGACGCAAAGCAAUCAUCAUUGCCGAAAAUGAGAUGCCCGGAUUGAUGGCGUGUCGUGAAAAAUACGGACCUCAAAAGAUCUUGAAAGGAGCUCGAAUUGCCGGUUGCUUGCACAUGACGGUUCAAACUGCUGUCUUGAUCGAAACCUUGACUGAGUUGGGUGCUGAGGUCCAAUGGAGCAGUUGUAACAUCUUCAGUACACAAGAUCAUGCUGCGGCGGCAAUUGCUGCUACGGGAGUCCCUGUUUACGCAUGGAAAGGCGAAACUGACGAAGAGUAUCUUUGGUGCAUUGAACAAACGCUCGUUUUCAAGGAUGGUCAACCGUUGAACAUGAUUUUGGAUGACGGCGGCGAUUUAACGAAUUUAGUUCACGAAAAAUAUCCGCAAUACAUCAAGGGCAUCAAGGGUAUCAGUGAAGAAACUACAACGGGAGUUCAUAAUUUGUACAAGAUGUUCAAGGAAGGACGUCUUGGCACCCCGGCAAUUAACGUAAAUGACUCUGUAACAAAGAGCAAAUUCGAUAAUUUGUAUGGAUGUCGUGAAUCUCUCGUUGAUGGCAUCAAACGUGCAACUGACGUCAUGAUCGCAGGCAAAGUUUGCGUCGUCGCUGGAUACGGCGAUGUCGGAAAGGGAUGCGCAAAGGCUCUUCGUGGCUUCGGAGGACGUGUAAUUGUCACGGAAAUCGAUCCCAUCAAUGCAUUACAAGCCGCCAUGGAAGGUUAUGAAGUCACAACGAUGGAUGAAUGCAGCAAAGAAGGAAAUAUUUUCGUUACAACCACGGGAUGCAAAGACAUCAUUCAAGGCGAACAUUUUUUGAACAUGAAAGACGACUCGAUCGUUUGCAACAUUGGGCAUUUCGAUUGCGAACUCGAUGUUUCGUGGUUGGAAAAGAACGCCAAAGAAAAGGUCAACAUCAAACCGCAAGUCGAUCGUUAUUUGCUCGCCAAUGGACGUCACAUCAUCUUACUUGCCGAAGGACGUCUCGUAAAUUUGGGAUGUGCUCAUGGGCAUCCAAGCUUCGUCAUGUCAAACAGCUUCACGAAUCAAGUUCUCGCCCAAAUCGAGCUCUGGACCAAGAGCAAGGAAUAUCCCGUGGGUGUUUACAUGUUGCCAAAGAAGCUCGACGAGGAAGUCGCUUUGUUGCAUUUGGAGAAAUUGGGCGUCAAAUUGACAAAAUUGACAAAAGCUCAGUCAGACUACUUGAGUGUUCCGCAAGAAGGACCCUUCAAGCCUGAUCAUUAUCGUUACUAAACAUUUUCUAUGGAUUUUUACUGAAAAAAAAAAUUUUUAUUACAAUUUUGUCACCUAAAAAAAAAAAUUAA